UCUAUGACACAUCCAGCUGCAGCAGCAUCACAAGCUUAAGCUUCCUUCUCUGAAAAUUCUCCAGGAAAAACUAGAAACUCGUUGUUCAAGAAAACUCUGUACAAAAUCUCAAAUCAGUUCAUUGACUCGACAAAUCAAUCAAAUCUGAAAUCUCCCUCGUUUCUCAAAAAACCCACAUUUUUAAUAUUUUCUUCUCUCGCUUUAUUUUUUUAAUUUAGCCGUAAAGUUGUCACCUUUUCAACUAAAAGCUCUCUGUUUUCUUUGAUAAAAAAAGCUCUCUGUUUUCUCUUCUCUCUCUUUCUCUCUCUCAAAGACGAUGAAAGAAUACUGGACCUCUCUAGCUUCCCUUCUCGGCGUCUUAGCCUUCUGCCAGACCCUCAUGAACACCGUACUCCCACCGGAGCUCCGUUACGCCUCCCUCAAACUCAUCAACCGAUUCUUCCAACUCUUCUCCUCCUUCUCCUACUUCGACAUAACGGAGAUCGACGGCGUCAACACCAACGAGCUCUACAAUGCCGUCAACCUCUACCUCACCUCCUCCGCCUCCUCCUCAUCCGUCUCCUCCAACCGCCUCAGCCUCACCCGCGCCGUCAACUCCUCCUCCACCACCUUCGGCCUCUCCACCAACGACUCCAUCGCCGACACCUUCAACUCCGCCACCGUCCUCUGGGAACACGUCGUCACGCCGCGGCAAACCCAAGCCUUCGCCUGGCGGCCAAUGCCGGAGGAGAAGCGCGGCUUCACGCUCCGGAUCAAGAAGAAAGACAAGAGCCUGAUCCUGAACUCUUACCUGGACCACAUCGUGGAGAGAGCAGAGGAGAUUCGCCGGAGGAAUCAAGAUCGGCUUCUUUACACGAACUCGCGAGCCGCCGGGGGGAUGGACUCGAGAGGUCUCCCUUGGGAGUCUGUUCCUUUCAAGCAUCCCAGCACGUUCGAUACUCUCGCUAUGGAUCCGGAGAGGAAGAGAGAGAUCAUGGAGGAUCUCAGAGACUUCGCCGAGUGUCAGUCUUUUUACCGGAGAACCGGCCGGGCUUGGAAAAGAGGUUAUCUGCUCUACGGUCCGCCCGGAACCGGGAAAUCGAGCAUGAUCGCGGCCAUGGCUAACUACCUCGGUUACGACAUUUACGAUCUCGAGCUCGCGGAGGUGAAGAGUAACUCGGAGCUGAGGAAGCUGUUGAUGAAGACGAGCUCCAAGUCGAUUAUUGUGAUCGAGGAUAUCGAUUGCUCGAUUAAUUUAACGAACCGGGGAAAGAAAUGUAAUGAACCGGAGAUGGCGUUAACCGGGUCCGGUUUAGGAGAUGAGUGUGGUAACGGGAGGAGCACGAUAACGUUGUCGGGUUUGUUGAACUUCACUGAUGGGCUUUGGUCUUGUUGUGGAAGCGAGAGGAUCUUUGUGUUCACGACCAAUCAUAUCGAGAAGCUUGACCCUGCGUUGCUGAGAAGCGGGAGGAUGGAUAUGCAUGUGUACAUGAGCUACUGUACGUUUCCUUCGCUGAAGAUCUUGCUGAGGAAUUACUUGGGGUACGAGGAAGGGGAUCUGAGCGACGUCGUUCUGAAGGAGUUGGAGGGAGUGGUGGAGAAGGCGGAGAUCACGCCUGCUGAUGUAAGCGAGGUUUUGAUUAAGAAUCGGAGGGAUAAAGAGAGAGCUGUGAGGGAGCUGUUGGAGGAUUUGGGAAUAAGGGCGGAGAGGAAUGAGGAGGAGGGGAAGUUAAGGGGUCGAAAUGGGAGCUUGACGGUGGCUGAUGACGUGGAAGAACAGGAGAAGAGGGCUUUGGACAGUCCUUGUGCAGGAGAAGAAGAGGUGAUUGAGGACAGUAUUUGCAAGAUUAAUGAAGAUUAAAGUGUUUUAAAUGUUUCAUUGUUCUUAGGUUUUUCAAACAUUCUAUGUUUACACAAUGUGAAAGUUGUGUUCUUUUUCUCUUUUUUUCGGUAGUCAACUUUUGGAAGUGAGCUAAAGUGAAAGAAGAGAGUAAAAGAGCUAUAGAGUUAGUUGAAAAGAGCCAAUGGGUGUUGAAGAUUUUGUAUGUGGGGAUUAGAAAAUGCGAAGAGCAUCAUUGGAUAAACCAUUGGCAUAUGAUAUGGCGUUAUUACUAUAGUAUUGUUAUGAACUA